UAUUAAUCCAUAGGUAGUUGUAUUGUUUUACAAUUACAGUAUCACCAUUUUCAAGAUCUUAUGAAAAUAUUGCCGUUAUGGGGCUACUAAUUGUACAACGACAUUCGAUACAUCAUACAAAGCAAGUCUGUAGAACAACGUGUAGAUCAAUCUCCUAGAAAUCAAUAUAUUUUAGUGAAAACUUAUAAAAAAUUGUAAAUUUUGGUAUUUUUUGAAUCCGACAUUUCAAAGUGUGAUCUAGCAAAAAAAAAAAAUAUAAUAUAUUAGUAUUUGGAAAUAAAGUACUUUUUAUUAUAUUAAAUUUGAAAAAAAAAAAAAAAGAAAAUUGGAUUGCAAAAUGGGUUCCACAAGACAAGAUAGAUCACUUAGCAGUGGAAUAUCUUUGCCACAGUGGAUGAAAGGAAGAACCGAUAGCAGAUUCGACUUUGACGAGACUACAUUUAGUCCUCCAUCUCACGACGACAGCUUCUUUUAUAUACGGUAUCCAAAGACACAAAAUCGAUUAUCGGUUUCGCAAGAUUUUCGGCCAAUUGAUGAAGUUUUUAAUGAACAAAAUAUUACUCCAUCAACAAAUAAUAUAAAAGCACAAGAUACGCAGCAACAGGUUAUUGAAGAGAAGAAAAAAAAUCAAGAGAUUGAUUUUAGCAAGCAUCCUUUACCUUGUCAACCAUUUAUACCAACAACAAAUAAAGGCAAUGAAACUAAACCAAAUCUAAAAACAUCAACCAACAAUACGAAAAUUACAAAGUCACAAGGAAUAGAUGAUGGAUUUCAUGGUGAACCAGCACUUUGUGGAAAGUCGAUUGUUCUUGUAGCCAGUCAGAUAAUGUCUAACAAACUUCACGAAAAUUUCUCAGCCGAACAGGCUGACAAACAAUGUAAAAAAGGAAGUAAAUCUUUACCAGCUACUCCACUCGCUUCGCCCGCAAGCAGUCCAAAUAGUUCUCCGAAAACUCGUCGACGUGUUCCUUCUAAUCGGUAUUUUACUAGUCCAUUUCUUCUUGAUCGUGAAAAAUAUCAAGGAAGUUGGAUCUUAUCAAGCAUCUUCGGACAAUCUAGGGAAAUUGUUACUGGUAAAAUUGACGAAGAGGACGAAACAGAUGUUUCAGCUCCUUCACUUAAAGCAUUUGCUCGAAAAAAAUCUAUUUCGUCGCAAAAUCUCACAUAUGUCGGAAGUGAUGAAAAACCAGUUGAAAAACCAGCUUUCUCAAAUGUAUUUCAAGCAAAACCAUCAGAAUUAAGAGAGAUGAAUUUUUGGUCCCCGACAUCAAUGUGAACCAAUAUAUAAUAUAAUAUCUUUAAUUCUA